AAUAAUCGCAAGACAUUGUUAAAUGUUCAGCCACUUAGAUUCUCUUUGGAAUUGUCACUUUGUGAUAAAGAUAAACAUGAGCAAGAAAAAGGAGACGAAGCUACGCAAGUACAUGAAGGUUCCCAUAAACAUGCUGGUGAAAGCUAGGGACUUGUACGUACGAGGCAUGAAUCAGUUGUCUUCCCAAGAUGAUCUUCUUGGCAGCGGCAUGGGUUUUGGGAUGCCGGUAUGCCACGUAAGUGCUCUUCCGCGAAGUUUCAGCGCUAGCCACUCACAAUACUCCGCCAGAGCCGAAGAUAAUCGUGUGGCUCAGCUUGUAAGAGCUGCAUCAGCUAGAAAUAUGAAUCUUGAUACAUGGCAGGGACCAGGACCAGAACCACCGAAAUUGCUGAAGGCUAAGAGUUCGAGAACCUCUGUUGGUCAUCACAAUCAUGAGAUUGAGACAAUUGAUGAGACAAGUCCUUUGGUUAGUUUUGGGAGUAAACACAAGAAGCUUCCAAGGAGUAAGAGUUAUGGUGUUGCCAAAUAUACUUAUGCUCUCCAGUAAUUUGUUUUUAAUUUUUUAUGUAUCAUGGGUUACGUCCGGAUUUCGAUUUACAAUCUUUGGUUGUAUAUCAUAUCUGUGUGAUUCACAAAUCGAGAGCUUGGGUCUCUUAUGUAAACAAGAAUCAACUAAAUGUGAAAUACUUGUCAUCAU